AUGUUCAGGAACAGCCUGAAGAUGCUGUUGACUGGAGGCAAGGCCAACCGCAAGAGUCGCAGCAGUGAUGGAGGGAGUGAGGAUUACGGUGACCCCCGCUCACCUGGUCUAGACCCUCAUCUGUGCCCAGGUGGCAGUAUAGAUAGCGACUGUGUCUUUGACGGAGACUACGCCGUGCCUCCACCGCCUCUCCCCAUGACUGAGGGAAUGCAGCACAUUCGCAUGAUGGAGGGCGUGUCCCGCUCACUGCCCUCCUCCCCCCUCCUCACCCACCAGGCACUCGGGGUGAGGCUGCAGCCCUGCAAGAAGCUCACAGCCCCUCAGCGAAAGGCUAAGUUUGUGGAGAGCCCCCGAAUCCCUCCCCCAGAGCCCGACUUCCACCCGCACUCCUACCACCACAACUCAGACCUUCACGUGGUCUACUACACAGGGCAGUCUAACCGAGAGCUGGGGCCCCCUCCGACGGUGGAUGAGGCAGCCAACACAUUGAUGACGCGUCUGGGUUUCCUUCUGGGAGACAAAGUGAGCGAGGGUCCAGGUUCCCACUACAGCAUGGAGGAUCCCGAGGCCAGACAGGUUCAGAACCAGAGGAUCAGCCCGUGCUCCACCCUGACCAGCAGCACCGCGUCGCCCCCUGCCGGCAGCCCCUGCUCCACCCUGCCCCCCAGCAUGCCAGGCCAGGCCGGCUCCAGAGACUGCGCCUACGGAGGGGUCAGCAGUCCCACCUCCACGUUAGAGAGCAGAGACAGCGGCAUCAUCGCUACUCUAACCAGCUACUCGGAGAACGUGGAGCGCGGAGGGAAGUACGGCGAGGGCUCGAGGGGGAACCUGAAGCUUUGGCAGUCGCAGAAAUCAGGCAUGGACUCGUAUUUGUACAGAGUGGAUGAGAACAUGACCGCUUCCACCUACAGCCUCAACAAACUCCCUGAACGCAACCUGGAGAGCAUGUCCUCCCACUCCGCCCACUCCAUCCCUCUGUACCUAAUGCCCCGCCCCAACUCUGUGGCCGCCACCAGUUCGGCUCACCUGGAAGACUUGGCUUACCUGGAUGAGCAGAGGCACACUCCAUUACGCACGUCGCUGCGCAUGCCCCGUCAGAGCACCACAUGCGGGCCGGGACGCUCCGGGCAGGACCUGAGAGCUACUGCUAAUAACGCCCACGCCUGGCAGUCCCAGUCACUACAAUUUGCCCCUUACCGGCCCAACGACAUCGCCCUAAAGCCUUUGCUGUUCGAGGUUCCCAGCAUCACCAUGGACUCGGUCUUCACGGGGCGGGAAUGGCUCUUCCAGGAGAUUGACGCCUACCUUAACCAUUCCAACGGCGGUUCCAACCCCGGCAUCAUCAUCGUGGGGAACAUCGGCUUCGGGAAGACCGCCAUCAUGUCCCGGCUGGUGGCUCUGAGCUGCCACGGGACGCGCAUGAGGCAGAUCGCAUCAGACAGCCCCCAGGCCUCGCCCAAACAUGGAGAGGGCCUUCCGCUCAGCCAGCCUCAGCCCUCACACGGCACCCUGGGAGGAGGCAGCUGUCCCGGGACGCCUGAGAUGAGACGGCGUCAGGAGGAGGCCAUGAGGAGGAUCGCAUCUCAGGUGGUGGCGUACCAUUACUGCCAGGCGGAUAACGCGUACACGUGUCUGGUGCCGGAGUUCGUCCACAACAUCGCGGCGCUGCUCUGUCGCUCUCCGCACCUGGUGGCCUACAGAGAGCAGCUGCUGAGGGAGCCGCAUCUACAGAGCGUCCUGAGCCUGAGGUCCUGCGUGCAAGACCCCCUGUCCUCGUUCAGGAGGGGCAUUCUCGAGCCCCUGGAUGCACUUUAUAAAGAGAGAAAGAUCAGCACAGACGAAGACCUCAUUAUUCUAAUAGAUGGGUUAAACGAAGCAGAGUUUCACAAGCCGGACUAUGGAGAUACCAUUGUGGCUUUUCUCACCAAAACUAUCAACAAGUUUCCACACUGGCUCAAACUGGUGGUUUCUGUCAGAACCACGUUACAGGAGAUUACGAACCCACUGCCGUUCCACCGGAUCUCCCUAGACAGUUUUGAGGAGAACGACGCCAUAGACCAGGACCUCCAGGGCUACAUCCUGCACCGGAUCCACAGCAGCCCUGAAAUCCAGAACAACAUCUCUCUCAACGGAAAAAUGGACAACACAACGUUUGGAAAACUCAGCACGCACCUCAAGGCUCUGAGCCAGGGCUCCUACCUGUACCUCAAGCUGACCUUCGACCUUAUCGAGAAGGGCUACCUCGUCCUCAAGAGCUCCAGCUACAAGGUGGUCCCGGUGAAUCUGGCGGAGGUGUACCUGCUCCAGUGUAACAUGCGCUUCCCCACACAGUCCUCGUUUGAGCGCGCGCUGCCUUUGCUCAACGUGGCUGUGGCCUCGCUUCACCCUCUGACCGACGAGCAGAUCUACCAGGCCAUCAACGCCGGGCAGCUCGAGGGCACUCUGGACUGGGAGGACUUCCAGCAGCGCGUGGAUAAUCUCUCUGUGUUCCUGGUGAAGAGGAGAGACGGCACCAGGAUGUUUGUGCACCCCUCCUUCAGGGAGUGGCUGAUCUGGAGGGAGGAGGGCGAGAAGACCAAGUUCCUCUGCGACCCCAGGAGCGGACACACCCUCCUGGCUUUCUGGUUCUCACGACUGGAGACCAAACUCAACCGCCAGCAGACCAUUGAGCUGGGCCAUCACAUCCUCAAAGCACAUAUCUUCAAGGGUCUGAGCAAGAAAGUUGGGGUCUCCUCGUCCAUCCUGCAGGGGCUGUGGGUGUCGUACAGCACAGAAGGACUCUCAGCCGCUCUGUCUUCACUGCGGAACCUCUACACUCCCAACAUCAAGGUCAGUCGGUUGCUGAUGUUGGGCGGUGGGAAUGUAAACUACCGGACAGAAGUGCUGAACAAUGCUCCGGUGCUGUGCGUGCACGCUCACCUGGGAUACAUGGAGAUGGUCAGUCUGCUGCUGGAGUUCGGAGCCUCGGUGGACGUGCCGUCUGAGAGCGGACUGACGCCUCUGAGCUACGCUGCAGCCGGAGGACACAUGGCCAUAGUCACCGCCCUGUGCCGCAAGAGAGCAAAGGUGGACCACUUGGACAGGAACGGCCAGUGUGCUUUGGUCCACGCGGCGCUGAGAGGACACAUGGAGGUGGUCAAGUACCUGAUUCAGAGCGACUGGAGCAUGGGGUCCCAGCAGCAGCAGCAGUCGCCCCAAUCACCCCCACCACAGAACAGCUUCACCAAGAGCCACGCAGUCCAGCAGGCCCUGAUUGCUGCAGCCAGUAUGGGAUACACAGAGAUCGUGUCGUAUCUACUGGACCUGCCCGAGAAAGACGAGGAGGAGGUGGAGCGCGCACAGAUCAAUAACUUCGACACGCUGUGGGGAGAGACAGCUCUCACAGCAGCGUCUGGCCGAGGGAAGCUGGAUGUUUGCAGACUUUUAUUGGAGCAGGGAGCAGCUGUGGCUCAACCCAAUAGAAGAGGCAUCGUCCCCCUGUUCAGUGCAGUGCGGCAGGGACACUGGCAGAUCGUGGACUUGUUACUGACGCACGGAGCGGAUGUGAACCAGGCGGAUAAACAGGGCCGGACUCCGCUAAUGAUGGCCGCCUCAGAGGGACAUCUAGGCACUGUGGAAUUUCUAUUAGCACAAGGGGCUUCGUUGUCUCUGAUGGAUAAGGAGGGUCUGACGGCGCUGAGCUGGGCCUGUCUGAAAGGACAUCUACCUGUGGUGAGGUGUUUGGUGGAGAGCGGCUCCCCCACAGACCACGCCGACAAGAACGGACGCACGCCACUGGACUUGGCCGCCUUCUACGGAGACUCGGAGGUGGUUCAGUUCUUGGUGGACCACGGAGCCAUGAUCGAGCACGUGGACUACAGCGGGAUGCGACCACUGGACCGAGCGGUGGGCUGCAGGAACACGUCUGUGGUGGUCGCACUGCUUAAGAAAGGAGCCAAAAUAGGUCCAGCCACGUGGGCCAUGGCCACCUCCAAACCCGACAUCAUGAUCAUUCUACUCAGCAAACUCAUAGAGGAGGGGGACAGUUACUACAAGAAGGGGAAGGUGAAGGAGGCAGCUCAGCGUUACCAAUAUGCUCUUAAAAAGUUUCCGCGGGAGGGUUUCAGCGAGGACCUCAAGACUUUCAGGGAACUCAAAGUGUCACUUUUUCUCAACCUCUCUCGAUGUCGGAGGAAAAUGAACGACUUUGGGAUGGCUGAGGAGUUCGCUACAAAGGCAAUUGAAAUUAAACCAAAAUCCUAUGAAGCCUACUACGCCAGGGCACGUGCGAAGCGUAGCAGCAGACAAUUUCCUGAAGCCAUGGAGGACCUGAAUGAAGCCUUAAAAUUGUGUCCAAACAACCGUGAGAUCUUAAGGCUGCUGCAGAGAGUGGAGGAGGAGUUCAGGCAGCUGACCCAGGGUGACCAGCCUCAUGACCUGGACCUGGAGCCUCCCCCCUCGCCCCCUCCCACGCCUCCCCCUGAUGAUGAGGAGUCCCUGUCCCUCGCCCUGCCGCCGCCCCCGGAGCCGCGGCUGGACGACAUGGAGCCGGUGCAGGACCUGUUUGAGGACGAGGACUAUCUGGAGCAGGAGCUGGAGGCCAUGGCUCUGGGACUACCUCCUCCAGACUCUCUGCAGACCUCCAGCCUGCCAAUCAUCCACAGCCCCCCACUGUCCCCCCCACACCCAGACCAACUCUAUCUGACUGGAGGCUCCCCCAUGGGCCAGCCCUACGAGUACCACCCCACCUCAUCCUCCAUGUCCUCACCCACACGGGGCUCAUACCAGCCCACCUCCCCCUCUCUGUCCCCCACUCAUCAGAACCACUACAGACACAGCCCACCUCAGACCUCCCCUGUGCACCAGACGUCCUAUCGCUACAGCCCUCCUCCGGGAGGCAUGGACCAAAGCCCCCCUCCAUCGCCCCUGCGCCGGGCCGCUCAGUACCGGGCCAGUCCUCCACUGGAGACUGUGUGCAUGUACCGCUCACAGUCCGGCUCUCCGGUGCGCUUUCAGACCGAGCAGCUCCCGGGUCGACCCAAGUCCCCUCUGGCCAAAAUGAGCAGCCAGCGCUCGUUCCAGCUCAGUUCUCAGCCAUCGCUAUCGUCCCAGCACCACCAGGCCCAGGGCCUGCGCCUGCAACCCUCCAUCGCACAGAUCGUCCGCACCAACCAGCCCAGCAUCAUGGGCAACAGCAGCUACGGAGGCCACCCCAUGAGCACUCGCUAUCAGGCGUCUGUGGACCUGGUGUACCAGCCCUCUCUGGACCGCUCCAUGUCACAGGUCCAGGCUAGCCUCAGCUCGGGGGCCCUCUGUCAGCACGGCGGCCGAGGAGGGGUUAUGGAGUCAGGCCUUUUGAAGGACGAGCUGCCCCAGCGCCCCUCCUCUGCCUACCGCGCCAGCAGUGGGGGUCCAGGGGGCAUCCGGUACACCCAGACUCCUCAGAUCAGCCGCAGCCAGUCAGCGGCCUACUACCCUGUGUCCGAGCAUGUGCUGGAACGGGCCAAUGCCAUGCCCCCGUGUCAGCUGGGCUCUCCGGAGAUCCCUCAUAUGGUGCGGCGACCCGUCAGCGCCAACACCACUGAGCUGAAGAUAACCACCCCCAGACCCCUCAUCCACUCGCAGAGCGUAGGCCUGCGCUUCUCCCCCUCCACUAACAACAUCACAGGCUCCAGCUCAAACCUGGCCCCUGGCUUCAGGCCCUCGUCCUCCGGGAUGGAGAUCCCGCUGCAGGCUUCGUAUGAGCGCUCCUGUGACGACAUCUCCCCCAUCUCCCCCUCUCAGGGCGGGGGACUGUACCCGGGAGAAAGCACUCGCUCCCGAAGUACUCCCUUCAUGGGGAUCAUAGACAAGACGGCCCGGACUCAGCAGUACCUGCACCAGCCCUCCAGGACACGGCCAAUGACCUCUAUGGACUCUGCCAUCAGCCCCACCUCGCCGGGGCAGCUCGUGCAGCAGGGCUCCACCUACAGCCCCCCCACCUCUCUGGGAAAUAUUGCCUACUACAACAAGACCAACAAUGCCCAAAACGGACACCUGCUGGAGGAGGACUACUACCAGACGCAGCCCCCCUCCCUGGGGAAGCUGUCCAACGGCUCCCGUGGUGGAGGGGACAUUCUGGAGCGGGUCAGCCAGGUGCCCACCUACCCCGACGUGAAAGUGGCCAGGACUCUGCCUGUGGCACAGGCCUACCAGGACAACAUGUACCGGCAGAUGUCCCGCGACUCCCGCUCCCAAGGCCCCCCCUCUCCCAUCAAACCAAAGAGACCGUUUGUGGAGUCGAAUGUGUGA